AUGCACAUUCACGGAUCACCGGAAACCGCGGCGAGGAAAUGUGUGCGAUUUUGUGAAGAAACACAGCCCGGAUUUAUGAACACUUGGGAACUCAUCCAGCCGGUGAUUCCCCGUACAUUUGUCGAGGGCAUGGCUGCGACUUUCGGACGUCCUCGCGAAUGCAACUUUUUGAUCACUAUGCGCAGAUACACCGUGAUACGAACAUGCUGUAGUGCCCCUUCUGCCCGUUCGUCAUUUUUCUGCCGCGCAAGCGCAUAUCCGGCUAAGGAACGAGGUCGAAAUAGACUGCUCGGCGUUGGUGGAUCAUUUUGUGGAGCAUCUAAAAGU